AUGUCUUUGUACGCCAAACCUGUUCCCCUUUCUAACACAGUUGAUCCGUCAACUCUGUCGCUUUUUAAUUGGAUGGGUGUCUGUGCUGAUUGGUCUCCAGAUUUGGGUUCAGUGGCCUCUGAGGCUGCCUCGCAUCGUCAAAAGCUCGAACGAUUGCGUCGUGCAUUUUUGAAUCCCAGGGUUGCUGAAAACAAGGAAGAAGCGCCAACCUCCGUGUUAUUUCCUUUCCACCAGUCACAGUUGGUUCACCCGUCUAAUUUGGAAUUGAGAGAAGGUUCACCAACAUCAUUCCCAAGUCAUUCGUUGCAAUCUACACCAGACGCUGUUUCUGAACCAUAUCCGUAUCCCAAUUUGAAUGAUAUCCUGCUGAGUGAUGAACCACAAUACCACACUUCAAGAUCUGUUUCCGAACCACUUACCAUCGAUCAGUCAUCGCCAAGCGACGAAUCUGGAAGUCCACGUGUGUUUGCGCUUCGCCCGAAUUCUGUAGGACAUGUGGACGGGGUGGAUGAAGCUUUGUCACCGGUUUAUCAACGACGUACGUCGUUCUCUCCGUGUGAAGGGUCUUCGGUGUUUGCUGUUCCUGACGAAUUCGCCUAUCCUUGCACGCAUAUCUCCAGUGGACCUCAUGUGACCUACGCUGCCUCGAUUUUACCGGACAAUCACCUCCUAUCCACGGACGAACUUGUUGAGUAUGCAAAUAAUGGCAACUGGCCGCGUUGCGUCGAGUUGUGUGUGCAGGACACGUUGGUUACAGACCCACCACCCACCAUGCCAUCUCAACUAGCCAAUUCUCAGACCAAUCAAAUGCAAGCGAACAACGCACAUAUCGUAUCUGCAGCUAAUUGGUCCAAUCAACGUAGUCCUGUGACCACCACCUCAGUUGACGAGAAUCGAUCCUCUUCGACAGUGGUGUCAAAUUCCAGCCUGCUACGUGACGCACAAUCUGCAGUUGUGAGCCACGAGCAGGACGUUCGUUUUGUUACUUCUGCUCGCGAUUUGCAAAUGCACGAGCAAGAACAGUUUGUACGCACGACCAACUCCCCACGAACAUCUGCGGGAAUUUCACGACACUGGGUUAACUCGGCUGAAUGUGGGAUUCCUGCGGUGUCGGAAUUCACUCGAAGUUCCCGUAGACCAUCUGCUGAACAGAUAUCUAAUGGACAUUCUCAAGUAUACCGCAACAUUAAGCAUACGAUUCCACCUGAACGAAAUAUGGGCAGUCGCACUGAGCAAACGGGAUCCCCGCAGCGGGGUAUGGGUGUGAAUCUGUCAAAGAUGGACCAAACACUGCGCGACUUCAACUCCCACCUUUCACAGAUUGACUCCACUCUCGGUCGACUGAAGGGCUUUGGAAGUCUCAGUAAAUAUUUGGAUGAACUUUGUACUUCGAAGACCCCCGAACUAAGCCGUACCAUUCCAGCUGAAAAACCAAGUCCUAGUUCGGAUUCAGCCAGUUCCAGUGAAGACGUGGCGAGGUCGUUUGCUUGUUACCCGCCACCGGAGUCAGGCGCGAUCAACUCAUCAUCCACUCUCGGGGCCAGUUUGACCACACUGUCUUCCUCCGUCUGGUCAUCGUUAAGCCCAUGUGGUCCGGCAAAUUACGCCUCUUCAUUGACGUCUUCGACCGUCGGCGGAGACAACCAUUGUGAACACUCACCACCUAAUCGUGCGGUACAAGGAGUUUCUACACGUCCCCUGGUAGAUUCUCGACCGCGGACCGGAGGUCGUGAACUUCCGUUAACUUCCAGACUGCGGGAUCAGGGUCGUGGCCGACUACUGCUUCCCGAAGGACACAGUUCUGCCACAGAAACAAGGAAUUUCAAAAUUCCUGUCGUCCGCAGUGAGUCAAGUUCUGGUGAAACAGAAGCUGACUCAGAUACGUACUCCUCACAGUCACAUUCAAGUGGUGCACUGAAAUCCACUGCUCAACUUGGUCUUCAAUGUCAUACUGAUGCGAACACUGGAAGGGCUCUAAACCCUCGGUGUUCUGGGGAGAACUUUGUCGGUCUAGAGUGCCCAGAGGACAUCUUCAUCUCUGAAGACGAAGGUGAAACACAAACUCAGUUGAAUAGUCUGACUACCGUCGUAUCAACGCUCGGCCUGCGCCUCUCACCUUUGAAGUUCAAAGUCAUGCUUCAGAACGUACAGUUUGUAAACAUUUCUCUCGUAAACCGUGGAGAAUCGCUAGAGGUCUCGUCAACCAUUCGGGUAAAUCGAAUUUCCGGUCAGGGCUCCAAAGCAACUUCGUACCGCACAACCGAGCGCCCUUCAGAAAGCCCCACUCGAAGGAAGCUUCAUUUGUCUUCACCUGAACUUCGUGUUUCGCCCCCAGUCAGAAACAAACGACACCAGCUGGCGCCCUCACCCGCUCCGGAGCUGGAUUCGAUUCAAAGUGUUCCAUCACUCACAAGUGCAACUCACCGUUCCCGUCACCGACCGGUUGCCAUCGCUCCCAGUUCGAGUUCUUCAAGUUCAGGGUUUUCUGGCGAGCAUUCAACUAAAGCAGAGUGGGAUCAGACUAUCAAUGGUCUGACCAAUCAUCUGUCGUGUCUGCUACAUGCGGGACAAGAAACGGAAGCCCGUAGGUUGAUUGGUCAAUUGCUAGAAACAGCUGAAUCACGCUCUAGAUUGGAAGCGUUAAUCGCUUCACUGUGUGGAGGAAACGGGGCACUUACUAGCCGCAAAACUGGCAAACGAGCUUCCAUCCAGUCAUUAAAUGGUGCCCCCCAUCAAAGUUCACGUGCCUCGCUACUUCGGAUGGCAGAGUCAUUGAUAGCUCUGUGUACUAGACAGGGAUUGAUCGCUCCGCCACGCAGUAGUCAACAUUCGCUCACACGGACGUACGAGUCCGAUUUGGGAUUAUCCAAUCCGUCCUUGAACGAGUCAACCGCCAGUUGGAGGCGUCACAUCGAUCCAUACACUCUGUCCCACCACGGUAGUAGCAGUGGAUCUCUCUUGUCCGGCCCACCAUUGACAACAUUUGUCCAGUGGCCAUCUGAUGUGCGUGUGGAAGAACGCUUGCCAUCCAUGCGACCAACACCUCGACCUGUUCCACCCUCGCGCCCAAAGUCUGCUAUUCUUCCAACGAUGGAGAUGCUUGAGUCGAUCGAUUCAAGAGCCAUUGAAUGCACAUCGGCGAACUUCGUCUCGUUCACAGAAUUGGUACAUACACUCACGGCCGAAAUGUCGGAUGAUGUACACAUUUUGAGGGCAUUGUUCACCUGGACUGUUUUUCUCGAUGUCCAAUUCCGAGAGUUCGAUCCUGUGGCUCCCCCAGACUCCCUGGUUGGCACACUUCGACGAAUUCGUAGUGGGCAAUUGACGCGCAACGACUUGCUACACAAGCUCUGUCGGUUUGCCGCACUCCAUGGUCAAUUAAUCAAUGGCUACUCCAAAGGCAUCGGAUAUCGUCCGGGAAUGCCAGUCAAGAACAACCGUCUAUUCGCCUCUUCGUGGUUGGCGGUCUAUGUGGCUGGUGGCUGGCGUUUUAUCAAUGCCGACCAAGCUGUUCGACAGCCCCAAGAUUCGUCGAUAGCGGAACCGACCGAUUCCAAUCGAUCGCAGUGGAGCAAUCGCUGUGACGAAUUCUUUUUUCUCACGGACCCGGAACAGCACAUUUUUGUCAGUUUUCCAGAGCACAAGACAUGGCAGUUGUUGAACAAACCAAUUAGCAUCGAGCGGUUCGCUCAUCUGCCGCUCCUCAAAUCCGCUUUCUUCAAUUCCAAUUUGUCUUUGAAGAAAAACUACGGAGACUGUUUGAUUACCACUAAUGGUCAGGUGACCAUCAAAUUACACAUGCCACAGUUUGUUGGCAUCUCGUGUAGUCUGGAAAACUGUGCUGACCACAGCGUGCUUCGAGGUCUGUGUUUGGUCGAAAUACUCGACGAGUCCGAUGUGGUCCGGAUCCAGGUCGCACCAUGUCAGCCGGGGAAAUACUACAUGCAUGUGUAUGUCUCGCCAGACUGGCGACAAGAGGCGUUGUGUCGUGAAUUGGCCUGUUCGUUCCAGAUUCACUGUUCCGAACACAAUUACUCUCGUCUCAUAGUGAUGGGCCGUUUGCCGGAUGUAGGCUUUUUGGGGCCUACUCCUGUCGCACGAACACUUGGUGUCUCGAUGUAUGCAUCUGGCCGGACUGCUAGACCAUUUAUUGUGCAUACCAGCACGGAACCAAUGCGUAUUCCCUUCGCGAUCACUCCUGGCCUGAAGCUUUGUCACCAAUUGAAAUCAUUCGAUCGUCCUGGGCACCAAAUGGUUGACUGUGAUAGCUACGCUUUGCUGCAGAUGCGUUCAUCUAAAUCGAAAUCCGCACUUGGCCAAACCGGAGCGAACGCGUUCUACCUGGUUCGUAUGCCGAUCGAGGGGUUCUACUACCUGACAAUCUAUGCUACUUCGAACACGGACUUGGACGCAGAUCACCUGGAGUGUGUCUACCGCAUCCUCAUCGAUGCACGCCGCACACCUCCGCCGACUGCAGUACCAGCAUUUCCCCGGCAGACAUUCUGGUGGGUCCAAUGUCGUCUACACGAACCGCUGUCACAACGUCUACACAUCAAUCGCUCCUACACCUUCCGUAUAGACGCUCCACUGUGUGACUCAAUGGCUGUUGUUAUCAAUGAGACCGACUGGAAGUUUUUAGCCAAUCAGAACCGAGACACUGGUACCUGGUUCGGAAAGGUCAAUGUGGGCGAGUAUUUGGGUUCGCUCUCAGUGUAUGGUCGAUUUUGGAAGAGUGUCGGCGAAUUCCAUCCUCCGCCAGCUACUUCGGAUUCUGAAGAAUCGGACGAAGCUUAUGUCAAGUUGUUAGACUACGUCCUAGUUGAAUAGUGCCCCGUUGGACCAACUGCGCAUUGCCACCAGUGUGAAUACAUAUCACUUGCCAACUACUUGUUUUCUUUUUCAUUUCUUUAUAUAUACAUAUCUAUAUGUUUUUGGAAUCUUUCGUGCUACAGCUGUUUGAUGGUGAACUCGGGACUUCCAUUGCAUUUCCCUUGCGCCCCCCCCCCACUCAACACGGAUGUCUUUUUCGGUUUUUACUUUCAAACUGUACUAUUUGUUGUCAUUUCCAAAUGUGGGCUUUUUGAUGCGAUCACGCUUGCUAUUGUUUUCCUCAUUAUCUAUUCUCAACCGUUAUAUUUUUACACUACUUUUUUGCACCUGUCCGACUUUCCAAAUGCAGCGCCUUGAUGACCAAAUGACCCUACACAUCUGUAGCCACCACUAUUGGGUCCGUACCGUGACGCAAUACACGAAUUUCACGUUGAUUGUUUCUUUUUCGUUCUCUGGCGUUGGUUUCCCCCCUCGUUGGCUUUAC